AUGCCUAGCGAGAUUUCCGUGCAAAAGCGUGGAUCGAGCGACAAAGAGCGGCGAAACUCGAGAAGGAAUGACAGCAAAAGUAAACCUGAGAGGGCAGAGUCCCGCAAUGCUUCUGGCGUUGAGCCUCGCAAGGUCUCGGACAGCAUCCAGCAGCUCGACCCAGCAGCCAUGCGACUGGUGCGCGACUCGUACAAUUUACUAGAUAGCGAUGGAAGCGGUGCUGUUUCGCGCCAGGCUCUCCAGGACAUGAUGGUCUCGCUCGGAAGGAGGCCGAAUGGCAAGGUAAUCGACGACAUGCUGAAGCGGUGUGGAGCGGAAGCGGACGGGCAGUUUGGCUUUGCAAAUUACCUGGUUGUGAUGUCUGAGAUUAUCAAGGAGCUUCCUACAAACGAGGACCUGGAAUCGUAUUUCACUGCUUUCGAGACCAAUGGCCGAAUAGACAGCGCGGAGCUCAGGAAAGAGCUAAGAACCCAAGGAGUGACUGACGAGCAGAUUGAUUUAGUGUUCAAAAAGUUCGAAAAGCAAAAGGGCGUGAGCCGCAGCUUCGAUUCCAAGUCGUUUGUGUCUCUUAUGGGCGUGUAG